UCCCCGACCUCGGCCGCCGGGCUCCCGAUCUCGCCGGCUCGCCGGCCACCGUCGCCCGUCGCCGCCUGCCUCUCCGCCCCGCCCCGCCCCGCCCGCCCGGCGCUCGGCACCACCGGGCCCCUCUGGCGCCUCUGCAAGCCGGCGCCCGCCGCCCAGUCCGCUCUCCGCCGACUCCGGCGCUCGGCCGGCAGCCCUGCCCGGCGGCCAGCCUUUAGCCCGAUUUGAGGACUUGAGGACGGGUGUGUGAAUGGCUCAACCUUCUGUCAUUCUUGCAACUGCAAGUUAUGAUCACACAAUCAGAUUUUGGGAAGCCAAGAGUGGUCGCUGUUACCGCACUAUUCAGUAUCCGGACUCGCAAGUCAAUCGCCUUGAGAUAACCCCGGACAAGCGAUUCUUAGCCGCUGCUGGCAAUUCCCAUAUCCGCCUUUUUGAUGUUAACUCAAAUAGCCCACAACCGGUAAUUAGCUAUGAUUCGCAUACUAGUAAUGUGAUGGCUGUGGGAUUCCAUUGUGAUGGCAACUGGAUGUACUCAGGUUCUGAGGAUGGCACUGUGAGAAUUUGGGAUUUACGUACUGCCACUUGUCAACGAGAGUAUGAAAGUCGUGCAGCUGUCAACACCGUGGUCCUACACCCGAAUCAGAAAGAACUAAUAUCUGGCGACCAGAAUGGAAACAUACGUGUAUGGGAUUUGGCAGCCAAUUCAUGCAGCUGCGAGUUGGUGCCAGAGGUUGAUACAGCUGUAAGAUCUCUGACAGUCAUGUGGGAUGGGAGUAUGGUUGUUGCUGCAAAUAACCGUGGGACAUGUUACGUCUGGCGCUUGCUUAAGGGUACUCAGACGAUCACCAGCUUUGAGCCCCUCCAUAAGCUGCAAGCCCAUGAUGGCUACAUCCUGAAGUGCCUGCUUUCACCUGAAUUUUGUGACCCUAACAGGUACCUUGCAACGGCAUCAUCUGACCACACUGUAAAGAUCUGGAACGUGGAUGGCUUCAAGUUGGAAAAAACUUUAGUCGGCCACCAGCGUUGGGUCUGGGACUGCGUUUUCUCAGUAGACGGUGCUUAUUUGAUAACAGCUUCAUCUGAUACCACGGCAAGGCUCUGGACAAUGUCGACCGGAGAGGCCAUCAGGGUGUACCAGGGGCACCACAAAGCGACCGUCUGCUGCGCCCUCCAUGACGGGGCUGAAUCGGCGCCCUCGUAAGCAACACCGCCAUGACUCGGCGUGCUUCUGUACAUAUCCAACAGCACCGUGCGCACUUCUAGAUUUUCAGCGCCGAUGAAGGUUUGAUUUGCUGUAGUGCUAGAUCGUGUAACAAUGUAUAUGCAGCCGAGUCUUUGUGGGCUGCACGCGGACAGUUUGUAUGACUGCUUAGAUUGGUGGAUGUUUAUUUGUUUGCAAACGAAAAUAAUAUGUUUACUGAUGCCAUUGGUUCUGCUUUGGUAAAAAUGUGAGCUAGAAAUGACUUUCAUUGA